CCGGGUCUCUCAGGUUCCUGUCUGGCGACCCGUCGCCAUUAGUGCAGCUUACGUGUGUCGGAUAUAUUUUUUUGAUCAAAAUCUUCAAAAAAUCGUGUUUUGUAGCUUUCGGAAAACCGUUAACACCUUCUUGGGUGCAUAUUGUUUUCCGUAGCAAGAAAAAAACCCGCAAUUUAGGGGGUCUUGGCCCCGCGUGGCGAGAUUUCGUCCUCUCUUUCUUCAGGCUACAUAACUUGAGACGCCGAAAUCGUGUCUCUUGUUUUUUCUUCGGUUUGUUUUGUUGCCAAGAUGUCGCCGUGAUGGGGUCUCCGCGUUUGACAGAAAUGAAUCAGGGCCGUCGUCGCCUGACCCGCACUCACUGCAGCCCAUUUUCCUCCUCCGUUUUUGUGUUUGAUGCUAGAGAGCUCGGCGGCUCUCUGCCCGGAGCUCGGCCUCAGCACCGUUCACUGCACGGAGACAAACAUGGAGAAAAACACCAACAGCAGCACCAGCAACAAGGUUCCGCCCCGUUCCAGCUCCACAGGUCCAGCAUCGGCCGAAUCUAAACCCAAAACAGAAGGUAAAAACAAUGGAGGUUCAAAACGCUAUAGCCGCAAACGUGAGCCUGCAUUUCCCAAAGCUGACAGUUUCCAAGGCCCUCGUCGCACCAAUUCACAGAAAAGCAAGAAUUUUGACAAGAGACCCCCUCAGAGAGGUGGAGGGCGUCAGUAUGGAGUUACAGGUGGAGGACGACGUGAGGAGGUAGCAGAGACGCGCCGGGCAGAGUUUAGCCCGGCUCAAUUUGCUGGACCGAAAAAAAUAAGCCUGAACCACCUGUUGAACUUCACUUUUGAACCUCGUGGAGGUAAUGGUGGCGGAGAUGGAGGCCACGCCUGUUGGGGCCGUCGAAACAAAUGGGGCCACAAGCACAAGCCCUUCAACAAGGAGCUGUUUCUGCAAGCCAAUUGUCAGUUUGUGGUGGCCGAUGAUCAGGACUACAAGGCUCACUUCACUGAUCCAGACACUCUGGUCAACUGGGACUGUGUGCAGCAAGUGCGUAUCUACAGCCAUGAGGUGCCGUCUUGCCCCAUCUGCCUCUUUCCUCCUGUGGCAGCACACAUCACCCGGUGUGGGCACAUUUUCUGCUGGCCAUGUAUGCUGCACUACCUGUCUCUUAGUGACAAGACCUGGUCCAAGUGCCCGAUCUGCUACGAAGCGGUUCACACUGCUGAUCUAAAGAGUGUGGUUGCUAUGGAGACCAGGCAGUAUGCAGUUGGUGAUGUAAUUACCAUGCACCUGAUGCGGAGGGAGAAGGGGGCUUUGGUGGCCAUGCCACUCUCCAAGUGGGUGAAGGUGGAGGAACCUGUUCGCUUUGGAGAUGCACAUCUUAGCCCUUACUCCAAGCUGCUGCUGAUAUCCCCAGCGCAGACCUUGGAAAUGCUGGCAGAAGAGAAAGCAGUCUUGAAGGCUCAGCUUAGUCUGGAGGAGGACGGCCAGGCCUGCUUCAUUCAGAGUGCCCUUUGUCUUUUACAGGAGAGAGAGGAAAUGUUGUUGAAGCAGCAGAAGGCAAAUCCGAGAGACAGCCUUGACUUGUCGUCCCUUACUCUUGAAGAACCUGCUUCUUUGGAGGAGGAAGUAGUAUCUACCAUCAGCAGCAGCAGCUCCAAGCCUGUGCUGCAGUAUUCGUCUGCAUUUGAUGAUGAGGUGGCAGAGAUGUUGGAGGAUGCUGCUGCAGAGAUGACGGAGGAUACCGCUCCAGAGCUCCCUGAAGGUGUACUGGAGAGUGUGCUGGAGGAGGCUCCUGAAGCUGUGGUGGAAGAAGAGCUUCAGCCCGUUGAAAAGAAGCAAAACACAGGCCGUCCGUUAGCCACUUACGAGCACGGACCCUUCUAUUAUUUCUACCAAGCUGCCGACUGCCAGCAUAUGUUCCUGCACUCUCUGAAUGUGCGUUGUCUGACACGCGAAUAUGGCAGCUUUGAAACCUGUCCUGACACCAUCACUGCCACAGUGGUGGAGAUAGUGGGGCACACAGUGACUGAGGAGAUCCGCCGUCGGCAUCGCUAUCUUGAGCAUCUGCCGCUCACGUGUGAGUUUAGCAUCUGUGAACUGGCCCUACAGCCACCACUCCUGUCCAAAGAAACACUGGACAGUUUUGCAGGUGAUUUGGACAUCAGAAAACGCCUCAGACAGAAGAAAGCGAGGGAUGAGAAGCGAAGAGAGAGGCGAAUUGAAAUUGAAGAGAGAAAGAAACAGGGUAAAUAUCCUGAGGUGCAUAUUGGACUGGAAAACCUCCAGCAUUUCCCAGCAUUCGGGUCUCCACCUCACAACAGCAGCCCCCUGGCUCAACCAGACUUUUCAUUUGCCCCUCCUUCACCCCUCAGCUGCAGCCCCUCUAAUGAUGGUAUGGUGUUUCCGAGUCUGAAUGGACAAAGUCCUUCACCAGUUGUGGGGAGUGUGGAGGAGGACUCGCAUUGCAUGUCCUUUGCACAGAUGCUAAGAGAUGGGAAAGCCAGAGUUGAUUCUGGGCCCAGGAUCACUCCAAAGAAAGAUAAGCUGCUAGCUCCCCCAGCAGCCGACAGCGAUGGAGAGAGCGACAACUCAGACAGAGUCCCAGUGCCGAGCUUCCAGAACUCCUUUAGCCAGGCUUUUGAGAAGGCUCUUCUGCAGCUGGACAAUGGCCCGGCUUCUUUCCCGCAACCUGUGGUCGACCCAGAAGAGAAAGGUGGAAAGAAGAAAAAGAAAAAGCAGAAGCUUCUAUUCAGCACUUCUAUGGUUCACACAAAGUAGACAACACUGAAGUUCAUUUACUCUCUUGAGUUGAGAUCCUCUUUGUUUUUCUUCAUGCAAGUAAUUGUUUUGGAACUUUAAGCUUUGGAAGCAGGUUUUAGUAUGUAGCCAAAGUUAAUGCUGCUUCGGUCAUUGUUCCGUUCACAGAUACAUCAUUUGGAUGUCAUGCCAUCAGUUUAAUUCACAUUCUUGUGCAAGUAGGUCAAAGCGCUGCAGCAACCUCCUGUCACACUGAAAGCCUUAUGGGUAACAUUUAGUUCAGAUGCUAAAUAAAGCAAAAAAAAAUAAAUAUAGCAAACUGCUGGCUCUCAUAUGAUGUGUGCCCCCUGGCUUUUUGUGGCUUGCAAGACACCUCAUUUGUAUCGUAGGUGGUUGCUACUCCCACUUUUCUAAGGUCGACCCAGAUAAUUACAUCUACAAGUAAUAUGGAUAAGAUUAAUGAAGGGUGUUUUAUAUUGAAGUAGCAGUCAGCCAGCUGCAGGUACAUUCACCCUUUAAGUCUUUCCAGGAUACUUGGUGCUUUCAAUAUUACCAAUCUGAAACUGUACUUCAGUUAAACAGAAGCAAAACAACUAUUUUUUCAGUGUUUAUCACAGAUAGUCCUGGACUGCACUCAUCAUCUUUGCUGCUUUGAGAUCGACGUCCUUGUAUUUUGUAUUAAUAAUAUGAAUCCAUACUGCUCUAAAACCAUUGUGAGACAAAACAGUAUUGUAUACGAGAUUAGGUCUGGUGGACUCUAGUUAACCCACAAAUACGCACUUUGCUGUUUUUGAGUUUCUUUUCUCUCAUCUUCUUUUGUGGAAAGUUUACUAACUUUAAACAUUACUCCCUGUUUUAAGUUCAGUGUUGGACAUGUGUGAAAUUGGACAAUACCUGACAUUUAAGGAAUGCCUGUGAAACAUGAGGAAAAAGGGUUUAUGGUUUUUGUUCGAGGCUUCUCAAAUUCACUUUUAAUUUUGUUUAAAGUUAGAGGCUAGUGAACAUAACUAGUCUGUUGAGAUGAAUAAACAAUUAUGCACAAUCAA